UAUCGGCUGCGUAAUACGUUAUACGUCAUGUUUUUAUGUAGUGUAAAAGAUGGCGUCGACGGUGUGUGUUUCUAGGUGCCGACUCUUAUCAAAAUUAGAAAUAAAUCGUGGUUUGUGUUUAUCACCAAUAUUUAGGGAUUUGUUGAAUAAUAAAGAAUCGUGGUGUUGGAGAUGGCGGCCCACUCGACGCACUUUCUUUACAAGCGUUUGCGUUCAUGGAUCAAAGUCAUCACCCACAAAGAUUGAAGAAAAACUGGACGAGGUGUCGGUGACGUAUCGUCGUGGUCUGCCAGUCAUUACUGUGCCUCUGCCGUCGCGUCGUGAGAAAUGCCGCUUCACUUUGCGACCGGUGUCACAAACGGUUGGAGAUUUAUUGGAACAGUUAAAGGCAGAAGAUCGCGGUGUCGAACGGGCUGUAGCGAUAGCAGCUGACGAACGUGUGCGCAUCGCAUCAAGCGACACUGUGGAGGCUCUACUGGAGAACGACUUUAGAAUAGUCAUCAAUGAUACCGAGUAUUAUGUCAAAAGUCCGCCUCAGGAACGUCUUAGUGCUGAGGAGAUAACACGUUUAAGUGACGUCAGGAAUCUCGUGAACCAAUUAUACGAAGCACUCAACGUUCGUGAGCAUCAGAUUAAAAAAGAGAGAGAGUUAAGAGCGCAACUUGAGAAAUUGUCUAUGGAAUUGCAGCCGUUAGAAGAGAAACGGAUGUCCCUAGAAGUGGAGACGACACGGAAAACUUCCUUACUAACAUGGGUGGGUCUAGGUCUUAUGGGAGUUCAGUUUGGAGUCCUUGCCCGUUUGACCUGGUGGGAAUACUCUUGGGACAUCAUGGAACCUGUGACCUACUUCGUAACGUAUGGCACUGCAAUGGCUGCCUAUGCAUACUUCGUGCUAACUAAACAAGAAUAUGUCUUGCCAGAUGUAAAAGACAGGCAGCACCUCAUUACUCUGCACAAGAAGGCGAAAAAGAUUGGUCUCGAUAUUAAUCAAUAUAAUCAUCUUAAAGAUGAGAUUGACAAACUCCAGAAGGAUCUAGCCAAGCUACGUGACCCCUUGAACAUCCACCUUCCAGCUCACUUGAAAGUGGAUGGAGCCAAGCGAUCGCCUCUCACCAAAAUCAAGGACAUGAUAGAGGAGACCUCAAAGAAAAUCAAAAUGACGUAAUAAAAGCGCACAACGCGUCCAUUGAUGCGUAUAGAUUAAGUGUUUGUUAUACGAAAUGUUUACUGUCUCGUCAAAUGGACCAUUUGGUAAGAAAAUUCAACUCAAACCAGUUAUUAAAGAUGAUUAUUUAAUUUCCGUAAUGCUAAAAAUAAUAUGUGUUUUAUAUGUGUAUAUUAUAUGGUUGUCGCGAUAUAUUGAAUUUUUUUUUUAAAUAUUAACGAUAAAACUGUUAAGAAUUGUUUUUAGUUAAAAAUCACAUGAUUACCUAAUUAUAUUAAUAACCUAUAGUCUAUUGCCAAUGACGUACAUUUGUUUUUGACAAGUGUGUGACUCAGUAAACAUUUCGACGACAUUUUAGAUAAUUUUUCCUGUUAAUACAUGGUUGAAAUAGUUUUUGAAAGAGGCUCGCCAUUAACAAUUUAGUUUAAUAUAAACAGAGUCACAAUUGUAAAAAUGUAGCUGUCUCUUUCAUUAUGUAUGGCACAGACAGAGACGUUUUGAAGGAUGUUGGAAACGUAAUAAUUAUACUUCUAAUAUAAUCUUGCCUCGUCCUAAACAUUAUGACGAACUAAGUUUUCUAGUGAAAUUCUAACAAAUUAUGUUACUAACGAGUCAUAAAUUUUAUUUCGCACAGAAUAAGCAAAAUCUUAGGGCCGUAUUCUAACGAGACGAGAUAGUAAUGACUUGGAAUACGAAUUAGAAUAUGGACCUUAGUUAUUAAAAUCUCAUUCAGGACUUUUAUAUCUACUAAUGUAAUUACAUGAUGACAAAGAUGCUACUGUAAGUUUCAGCUUUAGAUUAUUUGACCUUAAUGGUUGUUACAAUUCUAUAUAUUAAAUAAAUGCUUAAAACACAGCACUCAUUGAUAUAAUCGCUUAUAUGCUGUACCUAUAAUCUUGCACAAAAGUACCAUUAUACUGUGGUUAAUUUAUAAUAUAUUGCUAAAAAGUAUAUUUCAUUUUUGGUAAAAUUUGAUAUCUGCUCGGCGCCAUUUCGCUAACUCUUUGUGUCACAUUUCAUGUGAUCAUUGAAAAUUUGCCGAAAAGAUCUUUGAGAUGAUUAAGAAUAAAUCUCCACGACUUCGUAAAAGAAUAUCAAGUAACUAAUUGACAUUUGUCAAGAUAGUAAGGCAUGUCAUCUGCCAAUGUCAGCUGUCAAUUGUAUUGUCAUUUUGAGUUAGCGCAAUGCGCGACAGUACAUUCGCUUGAGUUUAAAACAACGCUAAUUUACCCCUUAAGUAAACUGAGUCUUAUAUUAACAUAUGUCACAGAAUAUUAUAUUUACAAAAACGUAUUAACUAGUAUUAAUAAGUGUGCUCAUAUUUUUUCUAUAUUUGUUUUAACAGAUCUGAUCCGCGCCAAAAUUUAUUCACAUUUUUAUUAUUGAAAUAAAUGUUAUUUUUUAAAUAAUUUAUUAGUUAAAGUAAAAAGCUCAGAAUAAGUUACUAUUAUCAAUUAAGUUAUAAUCUAGUCUUAAAACGAAGUCAUUCUGUGCCUAGAUUCUUGUAAUUUAUCUGUCAUUUGGAAUAAGGUUUAUAUGGAACUCAAGUGUACAUGUGUGUGUUUUUUAUUAUUAUUAUUUAUUUAUUAACACUUCGUUACAUUACAAUAUAAAAAUUGAACAUAAUUAAAUGAACAGGAGGGCAACUGGCGGCCUUAUCGCUUUCGAGCGAUCUCUUCCAGGCAACCACUUUGAGUAAAGUAAAAAAAAUGUAUUAAAUUUUUAUUAUUUAUUUGCUAUACUCAUCGAAAUAAAUAUAAUCAAUUUUCAUUAACCGGACUUGGACAACCGAAAUCCUAUCAAAUUUAAAUUACAAGAAUAGAGGCCAUGAGCAUACAAACUCAAAUAUAAUGAACUUUUAAAUAGACUGUUCCUAUAAUUACUUGCCCGUUUUUCGAUUAUAUUAUUUGAUUAAAAACAAAUCUUUCAAUCACUUGUUUAAAAAAACACGUUAUAAAUCAUUAAAAUGUUGUUAAGUUUUUAGAAUUGUCAACGCAACAUUUUGACAUUGACGUUUUUAAUGUGGUGUUGCCAACCUUUCUGACUAGAUGGCGCUGUGACAUCUCUAUGGAAUUUAUUUCAUUUCAACGUAAUGGUCAGAUGAGUUGGUGGCACCUCCAAAUUCGCACAAAUGUAUGGUGCUUAUAAUUAUUGAAAUUUUAUAUUGUGUAUGGGUAUAUUAUUUAAGAUUGUGUACUGAUUUUUGGUUUUAUUAAAGUUCUAUAAGUU